AAAUAUAGUUUGAGAAAUGGGAAGAAUCCAAAAUGAAACCCAUAUUUCUUACCUUCAAUAUACCCUAUGACCCUUGAGUAUAGCAGAAAUUGCAGAGACUAUAGUUGGAGAAAAUGGGAAGAGUUCAAAGUGAAACACAUCUUCCAUAUCCUCCUUUACAAAUCCAGCCUCAAGCCCCUCCUCCCCAAUUCCAGUCCCAAGGCUCCGCCCUACCACUCCAGCCCCAACCCCAAAUCUACUCUUACCCGCCACCUCAACAGCCUAUUCACCAAUCUUAUCCCCCAGCGGAGCAACCUCUGCACAUUGCCCCUCCGCCCUACCACAACCACAAUUUUCAACAAGGAGGCAACUUUCCGGCAGCUCCACCAGCCCCACAAAGUGCUUCACUGUUACCUGCAUCGAGUAACGCUGUGGCAGCGUUUCCGCAACCUGUACAAAGCUCUUCAGUGGGAUCUCCAUUGAAUAGAGUCGCCCCAGGUCCUCAGACCUCCUACCAAAAUGCCGCACCAGGAAUGCAAACGCUGUUGCACUACACAACAAGGCCCGCUCGCCGGGCCAAUAGUGCCAAUAUUGGCACAACGCCAUGGACAACUGAGCUCUUUGAUUGCAUGCAAGAUCCAACCAACGCUCUCACCACAGCAUUUUUCCCUUGUAUAACUUUCGGGCAGAUCGCUGAGAUUCUGGACAAUGGACACACAACUUGUGCCACUAGUGGAAUUAUCUAUGCCUUCUCGCCCUGCAUUCUAUCUCGCGGGUAUCGCAGAAAGUUGAGGCAGAGGUUUGGGUUAGUUGAAGCCCCUGCCUCGGACUGGCUAAUACACUCCUUAUUCGAACAGUGUGCCCUUUGUCAAGAAUACAGGGAGCUCAAGAACCGUGGAAUCGACCCUUCACUUGGAUUACAAGGAAAUAUGGCCAAGAGUCAAAGUCAAAAAAAUGAACUAGCUGCGAUGGUUCCUCCCCAGAAUCAAACUAUGAAGUAAAUAGGGUUGUGGAUGAGAGUCUACUUUAAUGUCGUUUUUUGUUGAUGUAUUUCGUUUGGCACAAUGAAGCAAUCUUUUAAUUAAUUUUACUAUCGGGUUGUAAUUGGAGAUGCUUUCUCCUCCUCGUUAAUUUUAAA